AUGGCUUCGUACGAGAAAAUGUUCAACACGGUUGUCUCUUACGUUGCAGGGACGAACGUUGUAAGAAAUUAUGAUAUUGGAGAACAGGUUGCGUCGGCCGGUCUUUGGAAGAUCUACGCCGGCACUAAGAAGACAACCGGUCAAAAGAUGUUUGAGAAAAAAAUUAUAGAGAAUCCUUUGCGGAAAGGAUAUGAACGGAAGGAAUCUGAACGGGUGUAUCAAGUUUUGAAAAGAGAGGCAAGUCAAUUAGCACGUCUUCGGCAUCCAUCUCUUCUCGAAAUUGCCGAACCGGUAGAUGAAUCUCGAACAGCCAUCACGUUUGCUACAGAACCUAUACUUGCGUCGUUAACGAAUUUACUUGGAAAUUAUGAUAAUUUGUCACCAAUUCCCGAGGACAUUAAAAAAUUCGAGAUGGACGAAUUGGAGAUCCAAAAAGGCUUGCUCCAAGUCGGGAAAGGAUUGCAGUUUUGUCAUAACGAUGCAAAGAUUAUUCAUGCGAACCUAGUGCCAGAAGCUAUUUUCGUGAAUGCUAAGGGUGACUGGAAAAUAGGAGGAUUUGGCUUUAGCACUUCAUUGAGCAGUCCAGAUCUCGCCUCAUCAGCAUACGAAUACCCUGAUUACGAUUCACGGAUACCUUUUUAUGCACAGAAGAAUCUUGAUUAUAUGGCGCCCGAGUAUGCUCUGGAUGAAACAAUUGACUUUGCCAAUGACAUGUAUGCCCUUGGCUGUCUCAUAUACGCUGUGCAUAAUCACGGUAUGCCUCCGCUGAAGCAUCAUAACAGUUUACAUACAUUCAAAAAAAACAUGGAACGACUGUCAUCAUUGAGUAUGGACAGCUUGCCUUACCAUCUUCAAGACGUAAUGACGAGCCUUUUGACGCGGUUUCCAUCACAGAGAUUGACUGCAGAACAGUUUCAAACUAGCAAGUACUUUGACAACAUUCUGGUGUCAACUGUCAAGUUUCUCGAGAGUUUUCCGGAAAAGACGGCAGACGAUAAAGCUAAUUUCAUGAAGGGAUUAAUAAGAAUAUUACCACAAUUCCCAGAGCGGGUAUUAGUAAGAAAGAUCAUGACUUGUCUCCUCCAAGAGCUCAAAGAUCACAGUCUACUUCCCUUUAUUUUACCCAACAUAUUCUUUAUAGUUCAGAAAAUGACGCAAGACGAGUUCAUGACAAGAGUUUUGCCAUCAUUUAAAUUUGUUUUUACUGUUCAUGAGCCAAUGCAGAACAUGAUAACAUUACUGGACAAUAUCAAGCUAUUACAGCAGAAAACAACACUAGUCACUUUUAAAGAAGACGUGAUGCCGUUGGUUUAUCAUGCCUUGGAAACAAAAUCACCUCAAAUACAAGAAAAAGUAUUGAAAAUUAUACCUACUAUAUGCGAAUCAUUGGAUUAUACGACUGUCAAAUCAUCUUUAUUCUCGAGAAUACAGAAUUUGUUUGCUCAUACAACGAUUUUGGCCAUUAAAGUUCAGACACUGAUAUGUUUCCAUGCUUUACUCAAAGUGUUAGAUAAGUUUACGAUGACAGAAAAAUUAAUACCGCUUCUAAAGAACAUCAAGACUAAAGAGCCUACUGUAGUGAUGGCUACAUUGACAGUAUUCGAAGAAAUGAGUAAAUUUGUUGACAAAGAUAUCAUGGCCACUGAGAUACUUCCUCAGUUAUGGAAAUUGUCUGUCGGUCCUACAUUAAACCUCUCACAGUUUCAACGAUAUAUGAAAGUUAUUAAGGAUAUGGCUGCCAAAGUAGAAGAGCAGCAUGCACGACAACUGGCAGAUAUAAAGAGCUUAGAGACACGCACCAAAGAUUUCUUGGAAGGCGGAAACGAAAAAUCCGCAGAUAAUAAUACGAUUCCUGUUGAUUUUGAGAAACUCGUCGGUUCCAGCGUGAAUUUCACCAGCCACUCAUCUAAUAACACGUCAAAGACAUUAAACGAAAUAAUACCUGAUCCAUUCAAUUCUCCGCUCAAUCACAAGUUAAAAACACCAUCCCCUGAUCCGUUUAAUUCUCCGCUCGAUCAGAAGCUACAAAUACCGCCUCCUGAUCCAUUUAAUUCUCUUCUCAGCCAGAAGUUGCCAAUGAACGUUCUCAGUAAUUCGUCUGUCGCAACGCCGUUUCCACCGAUAGGAUCGCAGUCGUCGAACCGACCCAAUUCAUCGGGUACAUCAUUGAAUCAACAGAACAAGAUCUCUGAUAGCAAUCGGCAAUCGACAGGAGUAAAUUAUACCGGCGGCAUAUUGCAGCCUGUCCCAUGGAAUGCGAAUAACAAAACGAACACUAAUGGUAAUAAUAGUAGUACCUCGACUACCGGUCGGAAAGAUUACUCUAAUUUCGAUCCAUUCGCAGAAUCGUUUUAA